AGGGGUGGUGGCAGGGCGGCCGCGGUGCCUUGUGGGGUGGUGGCGGAGCCAGCGAGGCAGUUCCGGGUUGCGGCCUGGCAGCCGGGGUGCAGGGUCUGAAAUUUGUGGUGACAGAACAUGUCUCAGUUGGGUGAAAAAGUAAAGUUUUCUGAUGCAGCAGGCUAUGUUGGAUUUGCUAAUCUGCCUAACCAGGUCCACAGGAAGUCCGUAAAGAAAGGCUUUGAAUUCACUCUAAUGGUGGUUGGUGAAUCUGGCUUGGGAAAAUCUACCUUAAUUAACAGUUUAUUCCUGACUGAUCUUUAUCCAGAACGUUAUAUUCCAGGAGCUGCAGAGAAAAUAGAGCGAACAGUUCAAAUUGAAGCUUCUACGGUAGAAAUAGAGGAGCGAGGAGUGAAACUCCGUUUAACAGUAGUCGAUACACCAGGAUAUGGAGAUGCCAUUAACAGUCAAGACUGCUUCAAAACAAUCAUCCAGUACAUUGACAAUCAAUUUGAAAGAUACCUUCAUGAUGAAAGUGGUCUGAACAGGCGCCACAUCAUAGACAACAGAGUCCACUGCUGUUUUUACUUCAUAUCUCCUUUUGGACAUGGGCUGAAGCCUUUAGAUGUCGAGUUCAUGAAAGCUCUUCAUGGAAAGGUCAACAUUGUACCUGUGAUUGCCAAGGCUGACACUUUGACACUGAAGGAGAGAGAGAGACUGAAGAGAAGAGUUUUGGAUGAGAUUUCUGAGCAUGGCAUUAGGAUUUACCAGCUGCCAGAUGCAGACUCUGAUGAAGAUGAGGAGUUCAAAGAGCAGACCAGGGUUCUGAAGGCUAGCAUUCCCUUUGCUGUUAUUGGGUCCAACCAACUGAUUGAGGUGAAAGGGAAAAAAAUCAGAGGUCGUCUGUACCCUUGGGGAGUGGUUGAAGUUGAGAAUCCAGAGCACAAUGACUUCCUUAAAUUGCGUACAAUGCUAGUAACGCACAUGCAGGACCUGCAGGAAGUGACCCAGGAUUUGCACUAUGAGAAUUUCCGUUCAGAGAGACUAAAACGCACUGGCAAGCCUGUUGAAGAAGAAGUUGUAGACAAAGACAGGAUCCUCCAACAGAAAGAAGCUGAGUUGCGUCGCAUGCAGGAGAUGAUUGCACAGAUGCAAGCCCAGAUGAGGAUGAAGCCAGGUGAUGAGUGAGAUGCCAAACAUCUGGCUACACAAGUGGUAUACAGUUCUCUUAAAUGGAUGGGUGCUUUAUUCUUUUUGACAAUAAUGAACCAGUGAUAACACUCAAAUGAAAUGCUGGAUGCUGCGGAUCAAGCAAGACCUGCAAAAUGAGUUUUGAAGAUCAUAUUGUGCAACAACUUUUUAUACCUAUCUCUGUCCAACCCUAAUCAUGAUCUAUGUAUCUUUUGUUUUUUUUCUUGGUAAUAAUGUCUUCAUACUUAUAGGAAGGAUAAUACACCCUAAUUUUUUAUCUUUUUAUCCAAAAAUGUCCUGCACUACUUGUAUUAGUCAUUGUGAAUGGGUAUAAGAUGAUGUACCACGUUUCAGCUAGGUCAUGUCAUUUAAUGCCGAAAGAUUUUGUGAACUGUUUACAGUAAAUGUGUAUUUGUUUGCACACUAUCCUAGCUUUUAUUUGCUCUCUUAGUUGAACCAUUAUAUACCUAAUUACUAGUUUAUCAUAACUUUUUUUGUCUCAUAUAUAAUGAUACACCUGGGCCAUCUGUGUAAGUUGUGCUUUUGUUUACUCUUGUAGCAUCAUCUCUUGUGGCUUGUAUGUGCAUAAAGUAAAACAAAAGGUUCAAAAUACUGAUGCUACACCAUGAUGAUAGAGAGGCUGACUUUUUCUAAACCAACUAUAGUGCCUUAAAAAUACGUAAACACCCUGCAUGCCAAAUCACUUUUUUGGGUAUCUAUAAAGACUUGUCUUCAAGUAUGGCUGCACAGUUUUCUAUCUAAGGCAUUUUCAUUGCUCAGCCAAGUGACUGCUGGUAUGUACUGAACUUUUUUAAUGUAUAUCAUAACACUAAAUUUUCCUUGGAUUUUUUUUUUAAUAAAUUGAAUGAACAUUAAA